AUGUAUGUGACUCAGUGUAACUCUGGUCAUAAUAUUAAUUUUAUGACCGCUUUAAGAAAGAUUAAUUCAGAUUUUAACCAACUAUAUGAUGGUAAAGGUCUUAAGCUUUUUAUGAAUUGGGACCAGUUUUUUGCAAAAAUACAAGAAGUUAAGAAGACAGGAAAUAAAGACAAAACAGUAGCAAAAUUACUCGAAUUACGGGAAAACAUUAAAAAUCAAGAUUCCAAAUUUUUAAUUGAAUUAAAAACGAUCGCGCUUCUAAUUCCAUCUAAAGGUCGUUUUGUUUUAAAGAAUUCUAAACACUGGAAGUUUUCAACACAAGAAACUGUUGAAGGAAUUGUUGUUGAAGCUAAGACUGCCGGAGAUAUAGACGAAGUAAUAAGAAUUCAAAAAGAAAAAGCCCUAGCUCAUCAACAAACUGUGCAGCCGUACAUAAUUUAUGUAGGAAGCAUUGAAGAUCCUCGAGCCUUCUAUAUAGUAAUAGACACUAUUUAUUUACACUUUGAUAAUCCUAUAAAGGCGUUUGAUAUUUUAUUUAAAAUUUUUCAUAUAAUGAAUGCGAAAUACCCAUAA